AUGACCAUUCGCAAACAAUAUCCUCCUCGAGACUACGAGACCUCGACUGGAGACACUCCGUCCGGGGCUGACCGUUUGGUCGACGAUUCUCCCACGUCCUACUCCCAGACAGAUUCGGAUAAGUCAAGAUCGGCCGCCGUGGAAGCUCAGAGGCUGGCCUCUCAGGGCUCAUGGGCCGACACUUUCACGGGCGGUACGCCGGCGACAAACCAGACCCCGGCGGCAUCAACCGUCGACGGCGAUGAGAGGAAUCUACAAUUUCCACUUCACUCACAAGAGCCCGAUCCGUCGGACCCCCCUCCGCUCUACACUCCCUCGGACACGACAGUGCCCUCUCCCGUUAUUGCAAGAUCUGUGGCCGGACUUGAGCUUGUAAGCGCUUCUGUGACUGUCCCUUCUUCCCAUUCACAAUCACAAUUCCCUUACCGCGACGAUGACGAUGACGAUGACGACGACGAUGAGGGGGAUGAAGAGUACAAUGACGACGACGACGACGACGAUGAUGACGGCACCUUCCUUCCCGAACCGGUCCAGCACCAGGGCCAAUCUGAACAUCAUCAUCAACGUUCAACGGAUGGAAAAUCUCGACUCCCCGUCAUCGGCGACACGCCCUCCUUGUCUCCUAAGCCCUCGUCGCCAUGGCCACCGGAUAAACGCGAACAGCACCAGCAUGAGACAUCCCAAUCCAUCAGGGGCACAUACCAGCUUUAUGACCUGCUCGAUCUUUCCACCACCAGUGGUAGUAUCACCGUUGACAUUGAGGUGCAGCCAGGCGACAAACCCGCUGUGCUCCGCCUCGCGACCACCUCGGGCAGCGUCCGCGUCCGCAUGACAUCUCGGGGCGGUUUGUUCAGUAAGAGGACCAUUAACGAGUCAGUGAGGGAACGCACCUUUGUGACCGAGAUCUCGACAUCAUCGGGCAGCAUCUCUGGAGAUAUCAUACAUGGCAAUGGUGGUUCCACUCGGAUUUCCGCCCACUCGGCAUCAAUCAACCUCGACAUAUUCACGGUCGGUGUAUCCGAGGACGACCCGGCGUCCAGGAUCUCGACGACAACGAACUCGGGCAGUCAGAAUUUGAGGCUGGUCGCGCCCUUGGGCUCAAGCGAGCCGGUCAGGGCCAUCGGGGCCUCUCACAACGUGCUCGGCAGUGGCAGCAUGAAUAUCAGAUACCCUAUGGAGUGGGAAGGCAUGGUGCAUGUUCUGGUACAAGGGUCGGGAAGUGUCUCGGCCAAUGGGCAGGGACUCAUUGUUCGCAGGCAGAACUCCAACGAGUUGUAUGGGUACAAGGGCAACAAAGAAGGAAGGACAGUCGAGAUUUUCGAGCAGGGCAGUGGAAGCAUUCGGUUUGCAUGUUGA